UGUGAGCGGACCUAUACAACCUUUCCCCAGUUUGUCACUUACACACACACACACACACACACACACACACACACCGAUAGCUUAACUUUCACUUUCUAUCCGAUAUGCAGAUUCCCCUCAGCCUGCACGCCGACCAUGACAUUAAACAUUCAGGGUAACACCUGUUAUAACGCCUGUUAUAACCGCAUCCGCAGAACUGCGAGCGCAGACGCUAAACCGCGGACUGUUUCUUUCCUGCUGCUGGCUGCGUUUCUGGGAGUUGAAACUCUAAUCACAGCCGCGCUGCUGUACAGAUUCACCCAAGAACUACACACGACCACUGAAUCUCUGGACCAUGACGUCUUCCCGACCGAGUGUCUCCACCAACACGGCCGCGAUCCAGCAGCGAUGCACACCGCAGGCCUGGCAAACUGUGACCUCAUGAUGCAAGAACUCCAGAACAGCGUGAAUACGAGACUCUUGCUGGACAUCCGCAACUCCUUAUGGCAGAGUUUAGGAGAACACAAUAUCACCCAGGCCUUCAAACCAGCGAUACAUGUUGGGGCAAAGCAGGAGCUGAAACAGUAUCACCAUCCUCAGAGAACAGGUGAUUCUCAGGAUUCCAGGCUCACGUUAGAACUGUCGCGUCUAAACUGGGAGGUCCUGAGUGGACAGACUACUCAGGAGGGCCUGAUGAUCCUCAGUCCUGAUGGAGAAAUUGUGGUUCCUCAAGAUGGGAUUUAUUUCGUCUACUCACAGGUCAACUUCAUGACCUCGCACCUGGGACCUGAUCUCCAGCUGGUCCAGUACUUAUUCAAGAGAGCUGCAUCACAUCCGGAGCUGAUGAUGCUUGGUAAAGCUGGUGUGAGUCGGCGUCUUGAUCCUGAGUCCAGUGUGGGUCUGUACUCCAGCCAACAGGGGGCGUUGUUUCAACUUGAGCGAGGCGACAGGCUCUCACUGUUUGUGAGCAACAUGGAGGCCGUUCUCCUUCAACCAGAGGCAACUUACUUUGGGGCGUUUAUAAUAGACUGACAUGACUUCUACAGGAGUUCAGGACAGUUUACUGAUUUUGUCUUGGUAGUAUUCACUGUAGCUCACUGACACAAAGCCCCUGGCUGGACAAAAGAAGCCAGAAGUCCAAAUCCAGCCACUAAACAAUGGCUCGAAAAUAAAACUAUGGAGUCACACAAGAAAAUACUGAUCUGAUCUUUACAAAUUUGAAACAGAAUUCCGUAACUACAGUAAUUUUUCAUGAAAGUAUUUUCAACAGACAUUUAGCAAACAUUAAUGUCAGCUUCCUUAAUAACACUAACAUGCUAGCAAACUUAUCUGACUAAGAGUUGUUUGGCUAACUAGCUACUCAUAGAGAACAGCUACCUGUUAUAUCUAGAUGGCUAGCUAAUGUUAGCUAACCAACUAAAAUCAAAUUCUAAGUUGAUGAUAACGUUAGCCAAAGUAGAGAGCUAGCUAAAGUUAACAGCUAGUUAUUCAUGGUUAAGUUUGCUAACUAAAACAUGAACUGUUCGCUAAUUUGCAUAGUGUUAACUCAUCUAACUAGCAUAACUCAGUAUAUUGUAAAUAAUUACAGGACUACAGUAAACCAUACAUAUUGUUUUUUUAAAAGGUAAAAAAAAAAUCAUUUUUAAAUUGUUUAAAUAUUUAAAUGAGAGGAAAACAUGCUGCUCAAAAGUGCGUGCCACCAGAGACUUAGAUAAGAUUUAAGUAGUUUUCCUUAAAAUAUAACAUCUUUUUAUUUUAAAAUAUUAAAACUGAAAAAAACUACUACUAGUGCAUACUACUUAAAAAAGGUUAGGGGUUGUUUUCCCCUUCUCCAAGAUACAUGAAAAUGCCAAAGGAUUGACAGCAAUCAAGUUAUCUUUUCUUUAUAUAGAUGUACAUGUUUUAAAUAUUCAAAUAAAUCAGUAAUCUGAUA